CUGAAGGCAGUGUACGGCGGCAGUCCCGACCUCCACCUCCUGAGAGCCCAGUCACCGCCCCCCACCGGGACUGGAGAGCAUUUAAAGGAGUGUGGCGCACAUCAGUUGUGGGAUUUAGCAGGUCUACAGCAGUGGGCAUCAGAAGAACUGAUCAGAAGUAGUUAUCCAGGAUAACUCAUUUCCUGCAUUGGAUAUAUCCAAAGGAUAACACAUUCGGAUAAUGAAAUCUCCCAAAAUGAAAUCGCAGAGCAAAUCGCAUUUUCUUGAAGAUGAUGAUGAUCUUAAUGCAGUUCUCUGUGAAUUUGACGCUGUUAUUGAAGAUUUUUCGUCUCCUAUGGGCAAGAGGCACUUUAGAUACGAUGAGCAUUUAAAAACCAUGAAGAGGAGGAGUAGCGCCAGCGUCAGCGAUAGUGGCAUCAGUGAUUCAGAAAGUGCCGAUUCCCUGCACAGAAACAGCUUCAGCUUCAGCGAUGAAAAGCUCAACUCGCCAACAGUGUUUUCACCCUCCUCACCCACUCCAACAGUGACGACACGCAGAGCAAAACUUGGUGACACAAAGGAAUUAGAAGAUUUUAUUGCGGAUCUGGACAGGACUUUAGCAAAUAUGUGACGGGGAGGAAAGGCUGUUGGCACAGGCUGUCGAACUAAACAGAGAAUCACAGGCAUGAAGAAGAAUGAGCUGUGAGCGCCAGACAGACGCUUUGGCUUCGGAAACACAGACCUUGCUCUGCAUCCUGUACACUCUUAGAGCUGUUCUGCAUUUGUAAAAACCCGUUAGUGUUCCUUUGAAUGAGAUGGACUAUAAAAGAAAACAUUACAGGCAACACAACUGGCAGCUUGAUGUGUGCUUCUGUGCUGCAUUUUCAUACAAAACUUGAGCUGGAAUAUAAUUUAAUUAGCUUUUUAUAGAAAUGUAUUUGUAAUGUUAUAGAGCCGGUUGUUGUAAAUUUAUUAAUACUGUGCUGUGAAAUAUAUUUUUGUAUCCUAAAUAAAUAUUGACUCAGAUUCUAUUGCUUUGAUAUAUGAAGCUUUAUUUUCUUUUUUAAUUUAAUUUAAUUUUUUUUUUGCUGUGAUGGAGCUUUUAAGUCUUGUGAACUGAGGAUCUUAAUUCACAAGUAGAAUUGAGAAACAAAUGUUGUGAAAAUAUCAGUAAUUUAUAGUUGUUAGAUAACAGUUCAUUUUAAACAAAACUGAAAUUUUGUGAAAUCAUGCCAGUGUUUACUUAAGAUGCUUUUAAAUUCAUGACACCUUUAAAAUAAGAAAGGAAAUAACCUUUGUGGAUCGACAUGCACUGAUGCUGUAUAGUAAAAGAAACUUGUUUUAAUUUGCGUACAUUCACUGUAUAUGCCCUUAUAUACAUGUACACAUUACAUACCUAUAAGUACUAGAAAGACCCUAACUUUUUUUUAGAAACAGCCAUUACAGCUCUAAAAGAUCAAUAGAAAAUGUACAUGGUCAGACACAAAAAAACAAAUUCCUACUGCAUUAUGUAGUUGGAAGAUAGUCUAAAGCCUAGUAGUCAGCCAGCUGAAGGAAAGCCAAUUUAUUCAAAUUUAGGAUGGAUGAAAUUGAGAAAAGCAAACAUUUAAUCUUGUGACCUUCCAUGCCACAGAAAAUCCCAUGGUGACACGGGUGGGUUAAUCUUUCUCAUGCAAACUAUUUUAUGGAAAGUGUCAUUGAUACUUCUACUGUGAACUGGCUCUUAAAGGCUUGUAAUAUGAGUAACUUAAUAGUUCUUGUUUGUCGAUUAAUAAAAUGUCAUUUGAAAAAAACUUA